UCGAUUUCCCCCCCCCCCCCAACCCCAAAAACAUAGCCCUUUCCCUCUCUAAUUUUUCUCGCCUUUGUUCGUCUCUUAACCCUAACCCCCCCUCUUCUUCUUCCCGGCAAAAUUUUUCGUUCUUUUUGGCGGAAAAUUGAUCGAGGAAACAAGAAUGCAACAUCAGAGAUUGAAGCAACAACAACAACAAGCUUUGAUGCAGCAAGCUUUGCUUCAGCAACAGUCCCUUUACCAUCCUGGUCUCUUAGCUCAUCCUCAGCUUGAACCGAUUCCAAGUGGGAACUUACCACCGGGUUUCGAUCCAAGUACUUGCCGCAGUGUGUACGUGGGAAAUGUACAUACGCAGGUAACAGAACCACUUCUUCAAGAGGUUUUCGGAAGCACAGGCCUUGUUGAAAGCUGCAAGCUUGUCAGAAAGGAGAAGUCAUCCUAUGGAUUUAUUCACUAUUUUGAUCGCAGAUCGGCUGCUAUGGCCAUUCUUUCACUUAAUGGAAGGCAUUUGUUUGGGCAGCCUAUCAAAGUAAAUUGGGCUUAUGCUAGUGGUCAGAGGGAGGACACAUCAGGUCAUUUCAACAUCUUUGUGGGGGAUCUUAGCCCUGAAGUUACCGAUUCUACUUUGUUUGCAUGCUUUUCUGUUUUCUCUAGCUGUUCUGAUGCCAGAGUUAUGUGGGAUCAGAAGACUGGGCGGUCCAGGGGAUUUGGUUUUGUUUCUUUUCGCAACCAGCAGGAUGCUCAAAGUGCGAUAAACGACCUGACUGGUAAGUGGCUUGGAAGUAGACAGAUUCGUUGCAACUGGGCAACAAAGGGUGCUGGAUCCAAUGAUGACAAGCAGAGCUCAGAUGUGAAAAGCAUUGCAGAACUUACAAAUGGAUCAUCUGAAGAUGGUAAAGAAACUGUUAGUAGUGAUGCCCCGGAGAACAAUCCUCAGUACACUACUGUUUAUGUUGGCAAUCUUGCUCCGGAGGCCACACAGGUUGAUCUUCAUCGCCAUUUUCAUUCUCUUGGGGCUGGUGUGAUUGAGGAGGUCCGCAUCCAGCGUGAUAAGGGCUUUGGUUUUGUUAGAUACAGCACUCAUGCCGAGGCAGCUUUGGCUAUUCAGAUGGGGAAUACUCAGUCAUUUCUUUGUGGCAAACAGAUUAAGUGCUCUUGGGGAAGCAAGCCAACCCCACCUGGAACUAUCUCCAACCCGCUUCCUCCGCCUGCAGCAGCUCCGAUGGGACUCUCCACAAGUGAUCUGUUAGCGUAUGAGCGGCAACUGGCGAUGAGCAAGAUGGGGGGCGUCCACGCCCUUAUGCACCCUCAAGCACCACAUCCUUUAAAGCAGGCAGCCAUGGGGAUGGGUGCUGCUGGGUCAAGUCAGGCCAUCUAUGAUGGUGGGUUUCAGAAUGUUGCGGCAGCUCAGCAGCUCAUGUAUUAUCAGUGAGGUUGAUGAGCGAGGUGUAUACAAAAAUGGAGUGCUUAGUUCUGUUGAGAGAUCUCAAUCUUUUUUUUUAUCCUUCUCUUUUUCCCCCCUCUUUGUGGAGAGUUUCUGAGCCUUAGUAUGAUCUUUUUUCUUUUUUCUUUUUAUUGUUUCAGUUUUUUUUUACUUUUUUAAAUAGCCUGGGAGCUGUGUUUAUGGAAUGUCAUUGUGUACCCGAGUAUCUGAAUUUAUACAAGGAUAUGAGGAUUCUUGGUGGUAUUA